CUGCAGUGCCACAUCAGCAGGUCACGACAGUGCAGUCUCACUUCAGCAGGGCCACGUCAGCAGUACCGCGUCAUCAACACCGUACAGCUAACUGCAGCUUAUGCUCCGACGCAGCAACCGCAUCGCAGCACGAGAAGGGCGGGCAGCCGCAGCAGAACAGCAGCUACCUCUGCCCCACCCCUCUGAAAUGGACACUCAGGGCAACCCCACUGUGGACAAUGCCGCAUCCGGCAGUCCACGUGAGGCGUGCAGCUCGAACCCCCCGGCCCCACAGGCCCAUCAGGAGGGUUCCACUGCGACUUCUGCGGGAACCCUCGACGCUGCACCAGUCCGGCAGCAAGGAGAGGCCAUGACGGCCUUCCUGGCCCGCCUGGGCAGCUAUAUGCAGCAAGUCCAAGAGGAGCAGCAACACGAGGUGGCAGCCGAAGCAGCACGCCUUAAUGCCAUUGCACGCCCAGAAGAGCAACGACGCCGGCAGCAAGCUGACGCAGCUGCCCACCACAACCAAGCUCGAAGAGAUGCCGCGUCUGUCCUCAUGCAGCAGGAAGCCGCUCAUACCGCCGCACUCCAAGCAUGGCAUGUCGAUCCGGCGGAACCAACGGAACCAACUACGAAGGACCAGACUAAGUCAGCUCUCGCCAGCAUGAUGCACCAAGUCAUCCUCACUUGUAACUGGCAACAAGCGGAGCUGGCCCGGCAGGCACGUACCAUUACUGAGUACAAGGAGACUCUCAACAGCCUCCACGCCCGCCUUGACAUGCUGGAGAAGGAUGACGUGCCGCACAGGCACACGACAUCAUCAAGCAUUGAUCCAUCGAUCCGCGAGCUGGAAGGACGGCUGGAUCACCUCGUCGCGAUGAUCGGCAACUUGAACAGUUUCCGACACCCGGCGACCAUCAGCCAGCAAAUAUCCGCCCUACAAGCUGAUCUGCGUCAACUGCAGCAGCAAACAACUGGGACCUGCAACAAUGUGACGCCGAAACAAUUCAAGAUGCCGAAGUUCAGCAUCGACAAAUUUGAUGAUUACCACAAGGCCGACCCCAUCAGUUGGUGGCAAGGGUUCACCAAUGAGCUCUCCAUCCACUUGGUCCCGCCCGAGUCGAAGAUCUCAGCGCUUUACCUCUGCAGCACCGGUGCCAACCAAGUGUGGCUCAACCACCUGGCUCAAACCGAGGGCGUCGAAGUCUCUAAGCUUCACACCAAGAUCACUUGGGAGGCCAUGACUGAGAAGUGGCGGAAACGCUUCAUCGUCGACGACGCUCGGGGCAAAGGCGUGAACCGGAUCUUCAGCAUGCAUCAAGGAAGCCAGCCAACAAGCGAAUGGCUAACCGAGUGGCAGAAAAUCGUGACGAUUCCGAAUUUGGACAUCCCAUUCGUACAUCUUCGUCGCGAAUUCUUCCAGCGGUCAGUUGACGCGUUGAGCACGGCCCUAAGGGAGCAAAGCCUGUACACGGACUUCGACCAGAUCGUGGAGAAGGCGCGCGAAGUCAUCCAAACCAAUCGGUGGGCAGCCAACGAGCGGCGAAGCCAACCGACUUUUGUGGAAAAGGGCAAAGGCCCGCAGCCGCAGCAAGUCGCUGCUGUCCAAGGAAAUGGACAAGAGAAUGAUCAGGCGAUGACUCACGAGUCUAAUGAAGGAGACGGAGUCAACGCCCUUCCGCCACGAUGCAAGAAGAAGAAGAAGAAGAAGAAGGCGAAAUAUGCGUCAACAACGGAAGCCAGACAGCCGAAUGAGCCAUGGAAGAAGUUCAACCUCACGGAGGAGCAAUACAAACUCCGCCAGAGACAUCCGUCCACGGCAAAGCUCGGGAAACUGAGCUUCACGGGAAGUGAGGCGACUCCACUUCCUACUCUGCCGGACACGGUUGCCUUGCUAACAACCUCCUCCACGUCCGGGGAACAUGCGAAUGUCUCCAGUCUUCACGAAGAUUAUGAAGACUAUGUUGUCCAGCUGGUCCCGCCGUUGGACCAACCUCUCCACGUGCAAGAGUUUUAUGCAUGCGCGACUUCAUCACCAUCGCCAAGUGAACCAGCAUCCUCGCCAACAUCACUCGGGGACUCGUCGGUGUGGUCUAGACUUGAGGAACUCGACCCAUUGACACCGGAGGACUUCCAAUGGUUGCCUCUUCCCCCAUCUGGUUCCUUGCCGAAGCCGCAUUGCAACGCCCUAAUGGCGGAGCUAUGCAACUACUUGCACGCUGCAGUACAAGCUUCGUUGAUGGAAGACGGAGUAGCAGUUGUUGACCUUCGCGAGUACAUUGUGAAGAUUGACCGCGAGUACGCUACGCAACGGUACGACGACACCGACGCACCGUUACUCUACGUCCGCAUUCAGAUCGGGAAGGCGACCUACAACGCCUUGAUUGAUUGUGGAGCUACUCGCAACUACAUCAGCCAGGAUUUCAUGACCCGCGCCGGCCUUGGGCCGCGCGUUCGAAGGAAAUCGCAGCCCACGCAAGUCAAGUUGGCCGACGGUCGUACGUACAAGUCCAUCGACCGGUGCAUUGACUCCGUCCCCAUUUACUUCGCCCCGCUUGCACGUGAGGCCGUGUCCUUUGACAUAUUGGACACAGAGUUCGACAUGAUCUUGGGCAUGUCAUGGCUGCGCAGCGAGGACCACCCGGUGAACUUCUACCGCCGCACCGUUCACAUUCGUGACCGGAACGGGGUACUUGUGCCAUGUACGGUCCCCCCACCUCAUCCUUCGAUUGGUUGUCACGUGGUCUCCGCGGCAAGCAUUCGCAACUCCAUCGCACGGAACGACGUGGAGGAAAUGGGCAUUUGUUUCUUGCACGCCCUCCCUCCUCCUGACGAGCCAGCAGCGGAACAGCCACCGGAUCCACGCUUUGUACAACUUCUUGACUCCUAUGGCGACGUCUUUGAAGCUCCCACCGGAAUCGUACCGAAUCGGCCAAUUCGUCACGAGAUCAUCCUCGAAGACGGGGCCGAACCUCCGCGCGGAUGUAUUUACCGCAUGAGCGAGGAGGAACUCGAAGUGCUUCGAACGCAACUUGAUGACCUCAUUGACAAGGGCUGGAUUCGCCCUAGCUGCUCGCCCUAUGGUGCACCUGUUCUCUUCGUUCGGAAGAAGAACAAGGAGCUGCGCUUAUGCAUUGACCAUCGCAAGCUUAAUGCUCAAACCAUUAAGAAUCUCGAGAUCCAUCCAAGAGAUAGGUACAAAACCGCGUUCAAGACACGGUACGGGCACUUCGAGUGGGUCGUAAUGCCAUUCGGCCUCACGAAUGCCCCGACUACCUUCCAAGCGGCAAUGACAACGGAGUUUCGCGACAUGUUGGACCGAUUCGUGCUCAUUUACCUCGAUGACAUCCUGGUGUAUAGCCGAACUUUGGACGAGCACAUCGUGCAUCUACGUGUUGUUUUGGGCAGGCUACGUACGGCCAAGUACAAGGCCAACCGAGCCAAGUGCGAAUUCGCACAACAAGAGCUCGAGUACUUGGGCCACUUUGUAACGCCGCAAGGCAUCAGUCCGCUUGCGGACAAGAUCAAGGCCAUCCAAGAUUGGCCGGAACCGACCAACACCACGGAGGUUCGCUCUUUUAUGGGAUUGGCCGGGUACUUCCAACGCUUCAUCGGAGGAUACACACGGAUCGCCGCACCUUUGUCCAGAUUGAAGUCUCCACAGCUGCUGUUCCAGUUCACCGAGGAAGUCCGCAGUUCGUUCCACAAAUUGAAGACGACAUUGCUCCUCGCUCCCGUCUUGAGUAUCUACGAUCCCACCUUGCCUACGAGAGUGACUACGGACGCUUCCGGCUACGGCAUGGGUGCAGUUUUGGAACAACACGACGGAGUAGAUUGGCAUCCGGUUGAGUACUUCAGCCAAAAGGUGCCUCCCAUCAACUCCGUUGAUGAUGCGCGGAAGGAGUUGCUCGCGUUUGUCACGGCACUCAAGCGUUGGCAACACUUCCUCCUCAGGCGUCGCAGGUUCAGUUGGGUGACGGAUAAUAACCCAUCGACCUACUACAAGACGCAAGACACAGUGAGCAGCACGAUUGCUCGGUGGAUGUACUUCAUCGAUCAGUUCGACUUCACACCGAAACAUAUCCCGGGCCUCUCCAACCGAGCCGCGGAUGCUCUCUCGCGAAGAUCAGAUCUUUGCGCGGUGACUCACCACGUAUUCAGUUUCGACAAAGCCCUUCAUCAGCAUUUUGUGCGAGCAUACAAGUCCGAUCCGGAAUACGCCACGCUCUACGAUCAGCUAUCCUCGGAUCACCCGCCGGCCAGCCACUAUCGCAUCGUCGAUGGCUACUUGCUUCUUCACUCACGCGGCAAGGACUUACUAUGCGUCCCACACGACCGUCGCUUACGGAGUCGCCUUCUCGGCGAGUACCACGACUCGAGACUUGCCGGCCACCUCGGAGUCAACCGUACGAUCGCAAGACUUCGGCAACGAUUCCGGUGGCCCGACGCCAUUACCAACGUCACCCGGUAUUGCGACUCUUGCGAAGUUUGUCGACGAAGCAAACUCCACAAUCGCAACGCCUAUGGUGAGUUACGCCCGUUGCCUAUUAUGCGGGAACCCGGACUGGCCCGUUCCCCCGGGACCGUUUCGGGCACGACGACAUUCUCACGGUCGUUGACCAUUUGAGCAAGUACGCACGAUUUCUUCCUUGCAUGUACCACGCUACGGCUCCGGAACUUGCACGCCUCUUGCAUACAGGCUGGAUUUGCGGCCACAGCGUU